UUUAUAAUAUCGAAAUUGAGGAAUGUUCUACUAUGAUAAGAUUACCUAAGUACUCACUUCAUCCUUUCACUUUCACAUGCUUCUUGGCAUUGAUUAGACGUUUCCUUGUUUUUACACCCGUGCGUGCUUAGCAGGACCACACCGUCGCUUUCUAUCAACCCACUUGAUGGCACCGUCUAAAAUACACCCAAAGAACAAAGAACAAAGGAAAAGAAACUGUCAUAUGCCAAUAAUAUGCCAAUGCCUAAUAUUCUAUCUAGCCCUGGGCGGGAUAUCCAAUCAAUCAACGCUCACUUCGAAAAUUUCAAGGUUUCAAAGGUCUCAAGGUUUGCGCAUUAUGUCUAAUGGUCCUGAUUCGUGGCUUCCCGCCCCGUUUGCAUCAGGAAUGCAUUGAGCACAUGUAAAUUCACAUAUCUCAUCUCAUAUAUCUACCUAUUUUGGAAAAUUCCAGACUUGUGGCGCAUUACACACCUUAACACAUGGUUCUUGCUUGCCCCCGUCUCUGUGAACCUCUUUCCUUAGAUCUUCCCACCAACCUUUUUCACUUCUCGACCAAAGCUCAUAUCAACCCAGGAACGAAUUGUCCAAGAGCAAGCAAAUAGUACGUACACUCCUGCUUAUCAUUGCGUCUUAUGCAAGGCACGAGCACCAAGAUUAUUUUUUACAGAGGGCUAUAGCAGGACCUAGCUGACAUUGCACUACAUCAAUAGUUACAGAUCAUCUACGCCGCGUCCGUCGCACUUCUAAAACUUCUAGCAAAAUGGCACCUCAAGUGAACGGCGAGACUCCUUCAUCUGCCUUCAUCAGUGUGAGUCAUUCCAUGGAAUCAUAAAUUCAUUCAAAGCAGGACACUGACACUCUUAAAAUAUAGCAUCUCACAUCUUACCCUGUCGUUCACGACUCAAUCUCUACCUUCAAAUCCAAUCCGUAUGGCCAAAGAUCCAUCGACCUAACCACAACCUCAUACGAGAAAUUCGGCAAGCCAUUUAUCCCAUACCUCCAAAAGCCCUACCAAUACGUCUCUCCCUACGUUGCGAAAGCGGAUGAGCUCGGCGACUCUACUUUAUUUACGAUCGAGUCCAAAUUUCCCGCUGUCAAGAAACCCACUGAUGAGCUCUACAGUGAUGGGAAAUACCUUGUGUUCUAUCCGAUUUCAAAGGGCAGCCAGGGAAGGGAUUAUGUCUUGGGGAAAUACAAUAGUGAGGUCAAGAAGACGGAAGAUCAGGGGAUUUUUGGUUUGGGAAAGGCAGUCAUUAGCACGGGAUUGAUUGUAUCAGGCGAGGCUUUUCAAUGGUUGAGUCAAUUCCUAUCAGCCAAGAAGGCAGAGGCCAAAGAGACAACGAAAGAGAAGACAAACAACUAGCUAACACUGAAGGAUGAGAAGAGGCAGCAAGGCAGUAUGCGGUGCGAGAUUAUCGUGAAAUGAUAAAUAUGGCGAUAACCUCCAUUUCAAAUGGAUCGGAAUGUGGAAAAUGGACGACGGAAUGACGGGAGAUGAAGUACUAUAAUUUUCGAACAUUUAUAAGGUUACAUUCUGGAUUUUCUACAUUUCCUGUGGCAUUCAUUUUUUGAAUAAGACCAAGGAUUUGUUGCGUAUGUAUUAUCACCCAAGAAUGGCGACAAGGGUUAGCUAUAUCUUGCUUCUAAUGGAUUGCUUUCAUUACAUACGUAUUUUCUUUCCGA